AUUACACUUUUGAGCGAGGAAACAAAAAAAAAACAAUACUUGCUUCUGCUGGAGAGGAGACAUCCCAUCACACUUGAAGAACAGAUUCCUUGCUUCAUUUAUCAGCUUGUGGGCAUCAACUAAGUGGAGAAAGAAUCGUAUAAAAGCAAGAAAAGCUCUCAGAUUUCUCAAAGGGUUACCUUCAGUUUGGCUGAAUAAUCUUCUGAACCAAUAUGAGCAACACAAGGAACCGCUAUUCCGCAUUUCCCGAGACUCGGUUCUCUGGUUGGCAGCUGCCUGCUUUCUAUCCCAGGAACUCUUUCUCCAGAACUGAUCCGAUUGGUAACAGACGCUUGGAACCGUGGGGCGCAUACUCGGGGCCAUUCAGUUCAACUAUAGAUCCCGGACCUUCAAAUCCGCCGAGGCAGAUUCCCAUCCGUGCCAACAAUGGCCUGCAGAGCGAGAGACCGAGGCCUGCCAUCAUUCCCCGACCAGUUAGGCCAUGGGCCAGCGCAAGCUUCUCAGAAGACGAUGUCCUGAAAAACCUAACCAAAGAGACGUACAAUCCCGCCCCGAAGAGCCAGCUCCUCAGAAACCUGAGCUUAUACUACAGGAACCAGAACAGGGGAGGAGGAGGACGACAAAGCUUCGCAGACACCACCAUGGAUUCAGACAAUGAAGACGGGAAGAGAUGCACUGUGUGUCUUGAAGACUUCGAGCCCAAGGAAACUGUGAUGAUUACUCCCUGCAAACACAUGUUUCAUGAAGAUUGCAUAGUUCCAUGGCUGAAGAGCAAAGGGCAGUGUCCAGUUUGCAGGUCCGUCGUCUGCGAGGGUAAGAAAGAGACAGAAGCACCGCCGGUGGGCGACAUGACUGUCGACGAUCUCUUCAACUUAGAGCUACUCUCUGUCGUCCGUACGCUCGAGGAAUCCUUCGGUUUCGGCUUUCCUCGACAUUUAUAGCCAUUUCCGAAAGGAAUUUGAUGAAUAAUAUUGGAGAAAAAGUAACAUACUUUACAAAGCAA